GUCACACACUUCGCGUCGAAGCACGUACCUUUCGUAACGAUAUUGCAGAUUCACAAUUGUUUUGGUGCCAAUUACACUUUUUCAAGCUGCAAAAGCUGCAUUCAGAUGUUCCUCCUUCUUCACCAUCAUUGAAAAUGAACGAGAUGAUGAACCCGACACUGCCGAGCCCGUCGCCGACGUCCACGGACGCCUGCCUCAGCAUAGUGCACAGUCUCAUGUGCCACCGUCAAGGCGGCGAGUCCGAGGAGUUCGCCAGGAAGGCCAUUGAGAGCCUCGUCAAAAAGCUGAAGGAGAAGCGCGAUGAGCUGGACUCGCUGAUCACGGCCAUCACCACCAAUGGGGCGCACCCGAGCAAGUGUGUCACCAUCCCGCGCACGCUCGAUGGCCGGCUGCAGGUCGCUGGAAGGAAAGGGUUUCCACACGUGGUGUACGCCAAGAUCUGGCGCUGGCCCGACCUACACAAGAACGAGCUGAAGAAUGCCAAGUUCUGUCAGCUGGCCUUCGACCUGAAGGCGGACGCCGUCUGCGUCAACCCGUAUCACUACGAGCGGGUUGUCUCCACUGGAAUAGACCUGUCGAGCCUCUCCAUCCACCCGUCGAACCCGUCGUCGGUGAAGAACGAGUACACGGCGGGCCUGGACCACCCGGAUGCGGCGGACGCGGCGCCGCAGUCGGCCGGCGGCGUGUCACCGGCGGCCGCCGUGGCUGCUCAGCACCGAGCGCCACUGCACGGCCUUCCAUAUGGCGUGCCCUCCCACGGUGGCUCGUUGCCAUCGCCGGGCGCCAGCUCCUCGCAGGCUUCAGGUGGCGCCACGGCCGCCGCCGCCGCCGCCGGUUCCGACCCCAGCGCCGGGUUCUCGGAGUCGCGUCACACCGGCCCGGGCGGCGCCCUGCCACCCCAGCUGCCGGCCAAUGGGUUCGGACUAGGCACGGACCGCGGCUCCGGCUCCGGCUCGGGCUCCGGUACCGGCUCGACGCUGACCUACCGGCGCGACAUGGCGCCGGACCGGCCGGCCGCCUACACCUUUUCGGGGACGAACGCGCACGUGCAGCAUCAGGACACGCAGGUGCUGCUGUCCAGCGUGCCGGCCCCCGAGUUCUGGUGCAACAUCACCUACUUCGAGCUGGACACGCAGGUGGGCGAGGCGUUCAAGGUGCCGUCCAGCAUGUCCUCGGUGACGGUGGACGGGUACGUGGACCCGUCGGGCGACAGCCGCUUCUGCCUGGGGGCACUCAGCAACGUGCACCGCACCGAGCAGAGCGAGCGUGCUAGACUCCACAUCGGUAAGGGAGUGCAGCUGGAUGUGCAGGGCGAGGGCGACGUGUGGCUGCGCUGCCUCAGCGACCACGCCGUGUUCGUGCAGAGCUACUACCUGGACCGAGAGGCGGGCCGCGCGCCCGGCGACGCCGUCCACAAGAUCUACCCGGCCGCCUACAUCAAGGUGUUUGACCUGCACCAGUGUCACCGGCAGAUGCAGCAGCAGGCGUCGCAGGCGACGGCGGCGGCGGCGGCGCAGGCGGCGGCCGUGGCCGGGCACAUCCCGGGCGUGGCCAGCGUCGGCGGCAUCGCGCCGGCCGUCACCAUGGCCCCGGUGGCGGGGCUCGGGGUCGACGACCUGCGCCGGCUCUGCAUCCUGCGGCUGAGCUUCGUCAAGGGCUGGGGGCCCGACUACCGCCGCCAGAGCAUUAAGGAGACGCCCUGCUGGGUGGAGGUGAACCUGCAUCGCGCGCUGCAGCUGCUCGACGGCGUGCUGCAGACCUCGCGCGUCGUCGCCGCCCGCUCCUGAGCGGGGCGUGCGAACGGGCGGCGGGCUGGAUACAGUGUUCAGUGGGAGGGCGGCGGCGCUCCCUGCCGAGACAGGUCGGCAGAGACCCGGCCGGUGCGGGGCGCUGGCCGCUCUUCGGACGCGAGCGCGCGCGGACGUCGACGGCGUCGGAGGUGGGCAGAGGUCUGUCGGGUGAGCCGGGGCCGGCGGCGGGCGCGACCGAGUGCCUUCGCCUUGUGGUGUGGGACGGACGUGGCGGGUGCGCGCGUGAUGAUAAGAAUACUCAGCGCCUGGCCGCCGGCGGAGCCGGUGCUCUGGCUUAGGGAAGGCUGUGAUCUCAUGCGAGCGCGGCGGCGGUCCUGCCGGC